UCACGGGUCAGCCCGAUCCUUUAGUGAUUUCAUCGACACGCAACUUUCUUGAUUCACAUUUUCACCCCCAAAAGAAACGAUUACCUUCACCAUUCAUCUCAUUCAUGAUCGAAUCCACAACUUGGCAGCUUAAAUUCUCACAGGCUUUGGAUUAUUUGCAAUAUUGCAAUGGAGCAUCUAGAUUGUGGAUCAGGCAGUGUCAGUCAAAUAGAGUUCACUGAACCUCCGAUUAUAUGUGGACUACCCGAUGACAUUGCUCUUUUUUGCCUGGCGAGAGUUCCUCGAAAGUACCAUACGCUUCUUAAGUGUGUCUCAAGGAGAUGGAGAGACCUAGUGUGCAGUGAAGAGUGGCAUUUUCACCGUCGAAAGCAUAAACUUGAUGAGACUUGGAUUUAUGCUUUGUGCCGAGACAAAUGUGAGCAGCUUUGCUGUUACGUGUUGGACCCCAACUCAUCAAGAAGGUGUUGGAAGACCAUUCAAGGGCUUCCACCUCGCAGCUUGAAGAGAAAGGGCAUCGGUUUUGAAGCAUUGGGAAAGAAAGUCUUCUUGUUGGGUGGCUGUGGUUGGUCGGAAGAUGCCACCAAUGAAGUAUACUGCUAUGAUGCUUCGAUGAACAUUUGGAGUGAUGGUGCUCCACUGUCAACUGCAAGGUGUUAUUUUGCUUGUGAAGUUUUAGAUGAGAAAAUCUAUGCCAUUGGUGGGUUAGGUUCAAAUUCAAGCAGUCCACAUUCUUGGGACACUUAUGACCCUUCCACAAACAGUUGGAAGUCUCACUCAGACCUAAACAUUGUUCCUGAAAUCGAAGAUUCCAUAGUCAUGGAUGGGAAGAUUUAUAUUCGCUGUUGCACUUGUGCUGUAACUUCUCAUGUGCAUUCAGUGGUUUAUGAGCCAUCAAGUGGUACGUGGCAGCAUGCAGAUGCUGACAUGGUGUCAGGAUGGCAGGGUCCAGCAGUUGCUGUGGAUGGGACUCUUUAUGCAUUGGAUCAGAGUUCAGGAACCAGGCUGAUAAUGUGGCGGAAGGAAACCAGGGAGUGGGUGCCGGUCGGGAGGUUGUCACCCUUGUUUACAAGACCACCGUGCCAAAUGGUUGCUGUUGGGAAAAGAAUAUUUGUUGUGGGAAAGGGGCUUAGUACCGUCGUGAUCGAUGUUGGCAAUGCAGGGAAUAUGGGAGGGGUGAUGGUGAGUUCUUCAAUACCUAAUUUAACUUCCGAUGAUGAUAUAAUUGGCUGUAAAUGUUUAGCAAUUUGAGAUUCCGUUUGUAUGUAAGUGUUUAAAUUGACCCUUAUAUGAUAAGUGAUAUCUCCAAGGAAUAACUCAAUAGGCUGAGGACUAUGCCUCAUGAAGUGGAGAUUACUAGUUCGAAUCUCCCCUACUCUCCCUUGGGGCUAAUUACUUAUCAAAGAAAAAAAAAAAAGAUUGUUGUGUGAUAACCCCAAGUGAUAUGUAGUUGAAUCGGCUAAAAACUACAUCUCAUGAAGUUGAGGUUAAUAAUACCGAUUUACCCUACCCACUCCCUUUGGGGCUAAUUACUUGUCAAAGAAAAGAAUUGAUUGUUGGGUGAUACUCUGAAUAUACUGCAUGCGUUGGGGGUUACACUGGGACAACCUUUGGAAAUGAACAUGAUACGUGUAUCUUAUUCCACAUUUAACUUUAUCUUGAAUUUAUACUUUAAAAUAAAUUUCCAAUGUGGAUGAUGUUUUUGUGUUGUAUGAA